AACCCGAAGAAGAACACUAGCGGAAGUGUAGAAAAUAGGGCAAAUAAAGAAGUGAUCUAUUUGCUCCUCGUCAACGUUUAGAUGACUUUUUAAAACAACAUUUCAGUUUUUGUCACACUACCAAACCCUUCUUCGCCUCGGCCCCGACCCCUGCUACAAGAUGGUGAACCGGCAAACAAGUCUGUGGAUGGGUGAUUUGGACCGAUACAUGGAUGAAAACUUUGUCAGGCAGGCGUUCCUUGCUAUGGGAGAGUCGCCGUCUGGAGUCAGAAUAGUUGCUCACAAGAUGACGGGCGGUUCUGCAGGAUACUGCUUUGUGGAGCUGGCAGAUGAAGCAAGUGUUGAUAGCUGCAUCCAAAAACUCAAUGGAAAAUUGAUUCCUGGAUCAAACCCGCCGAUGAAUUUUAAACUCAAUUUUGCUUCACAUAACAAGCGGCCAGAAGCAGGGCUUGAGUUCUCAGUGUUUGUGGGUGACUUGCCCUCUGACGCAAAUGACUACCAACUGCACCAAAUCUUUAAGAAGUAUCCCUCCUGCAAGGGAGCCAAAGUGGUCACUGACCAGUAUGGCUACUCCAGAGGUUACGGCUUUGUCAAUUUUGGUGAGGAAAGUGAGCAGAAGAAGGCAAUCGAGGAGUGCCAGGGCACACUUCUUGGGGGGAAAACACUCACUCUCAGCGUUGCUUUGUCAAAAAGCCAGAAGACACAAGACAGCAGAAACCUGACUCAGAAUUACCAGAGCAAUUACAACCAAACUCCUUCCACCUAUUACGGUGGUGCGGGGCAAGGUUACUACUCGCCGUGGGGCGGUUAUGGUCCGUACAGCGGCUACAACAAUGGCGGUUACUACGGGGGAUACAACUACAACUACGGGCCCUAUGGAUACCCUCCACACAGCCACAUGAUGCCACCGCCUCCUCUGGGGAUGCCACCCACAUCUGCUGACAUGACAGGGGGUGUAGAGGUGAGCCAUGAAGACACAGGAGAUGGAGAUGGAGAGGGGGAGGAUGCAGAAGGUAAUCCCCCAACAUUAUGCAAGACAUCAAUGCUUGAGCUCAUUUAUUGAUUCUUCAA